AUGUGGGAUUUCCUUCUGAAGACGCGGUUCUGGCUCACUAAAUUAGCACUGCCAAUUCAUUCACAAAUCAGGUGGGGUACAAGCUUCGCAGAGCUCAAUCUGACACAUAAAGAAAUUCUGAGACUACAGAACCGAAAAGCCAGUUGUGAUUUGAUUCAUGGACUAAACCAGAGUGAAUGGGGUCAUUUUCAGAUAUUGCAACAAUAUUUCAGCUCGAAAACCUUCCUAAAUAUAAAUUCACGCUUACAUCAAGUCCGAGAAAAACAUCCGAUGGAUAUGGAUGAUGCUUUUAUAGACAUGUUAUCCUAUUCUGGGAGAAUAGAUUCACCACUGAAACUUCAAGGUGCAUGCCAUGGGUUUGCAGUGGAGAGGGGGAAAAGGAGCCAAGAAGCUUGA